UCACGAUCUGUUACGAGUUCUCGCGCCCAUAUAUAUAGUGGACAUGAUCGAAUGCGACUCUACACUUGAAGAGAGCCCAUAACUGUCAACCUUUUAAUUUCAGAGAUGCGACCGAAGGGUACCAGAGAAAAGAAGAGAAAGGGCAAGGCUGCCCCACCCCCUGAGCCUGAACCAGUCCAACCACAGCCUGAACCAGAGGAGGCAGAGGACACCAUCCCCACCCAGAAAGAAGACCUGCUGGUGGAAUUCAUGUCCAGAAGUACGGCUGCGUCUGGCAGCUCCUAUUUUGGGAAGUAUGUGGAGGAAACCCUGUCGAAGGUGCCUGGGGAGAUCAGGAGGGAUGCUGAGGCUAACAUUAUCCAGGUGCUGCACAGGGCUCAGCGGGCAGCUGAGCACAGCCAUAUGCAGCCACCACCACGCCAAGACCAGCAGUCCCAACAGUUCCAGCAGGAGGUCCCGCAGUUCCAGCAUUCCCUGUGGCAGCCUCACCCCUCUCAGUGGCCACCUCGCCCUGUUGGGCGUCAAACCACUGUCUGGGGUAGUCAGGACCGCGGCUACAUCCAGCGACAGUUACCCACGUACCCGAUGACCAGCCCAUUACCACCAACCAGUGAAGCACAGCCAGGAGCCUCAGGGGUGACGGCCAGCACCACCACCACUGCGCUGCCCUCCUCUCUAGAUGACUGCUUCGUCAGCCUGCUGGGAGCUAGUACACCAGCUGCCGGCAGUUUCAACCUCUCCUCCCAGCUCAACACCCCUCGUCAACUUGCUGAUGAGGAUGAUGAUGACACAGACCUGGCCUAGACACAGGCAGACCCCACGAUGACCAUUAGAGACUACUUGGGGACAUCAACGGUUUAUUACCAAACGUGCCUACACUGUUUUGAUCUGCACUUGGUGUGCAGAACUCUUUUCAUAGACUUCCAGUGUGCUUGUGUUACUAAAAAUUGAAAUGUAAUAGAGAUUUAAAAAUAAAAAUGCAUAUGAUACAUUAUAUGAAUUUGCUAUUUCAUUUGGCCAACUUCCUUAAAUUAAGGGGACAAUAACCAUAUAAGAUAAACAUUGAAAGGUUUUAUUACAUUUUAUUUAAAAGGUUUUAUUACAUUUUACUUUGUUACAUUUCAAAGUUGGGAUAACCAUUCUCUUCAACUGGGAAUUGAGGGAGUCGCUGUUUGGGGGGUCCCUCAGUCGGCAGAAGCAUCAUCAUCGCCACCAUCUACAUUU